AUGACAAAGACGACGACCGCCGACGGCUCCUCGUCCUGGCCCAAAGACGACAUGGACUUCAUCGACUUUGAUCAAGGCUUUGACCUCGUUCAAUUUGAUGGUGGCCGCAAUCAUGGCCCUGAAGGACGACAAGGGAGUGGCAGCGGCGCAUUCAUGUCGGCCUCACCAGGACUGGGGCUGCAAGAGUCUCCAAAGCCAGAGUCGUCUAUGAGCGAUCGGUCGACUCCUCGGAUGCCGCAACUAUUUAGCAUGCAACCCACGGUGCACUCUAGGAAUGCUUCGGGUACAUCUCUCUCAGGGUUGCAGCAGCAGCAGCAGCAGCAGCAAGGACAGCAAGCGCAGCAGGGCAUUCACCACCAACAUCACUCCAGCGCCGAUCUGUAUGCACGCCCUCCAGAUGAGUCCAACAGCAGACCGGGGACGAGCAUGAGCAUGAUCAGUGCCAGCGCAGAGGGUGCAGACGCCAAGAGGGACAGCAUCGGCACCUCGACGAGCAACAGCCUGCAAAAGCGUGCAUCCGUCCUUUCGUUUCAGACGGCCCUCAGUGGUCUGGGAAGCGAUGAUCCGCCGAGAAAACCUUGGGUGCCUACCUCUUCGGGGCCCGGAAGCGCCUACUCUUCGUCCCCAGACGAUCGGCAACUGCCCCCUGGCGGCUGGGGAGGGCGGGCGUGGUCAGGGGAUAGUGGCAGUGGUGCCGUAGGCCAAGCCGCGACGAGCCAGAGCGACAGCAAGAGAGGAGGAGUCCAACCGAGAUACUCGCCCGCUUCAUCGCCGCGCAACCUCCUGCACCCGCUCGAUGCAUCACCAGCGAAUUCGCCCCGCUUCCAGCAGCCGUCGCUGCCGCCGCUGGCUUCAGCCCAGGCCGCUCACGCACCGCCUGGCCAUCAGCAACAGCCGAGGACGAGCUCUGGGCUGCGUGCCGAGACAAAGUUCGAGGGUCUUCUUAGCCCGGUCUCGAAUGCGUCGGCCAUUGACGCUGCUGCCUCGACAAUCGGUCCUGAUACUGAGGACACCGCUGCGCCAAAGUCGCCAAUCGAUCUCGGUCCAAGUCGCACUGCUCCCUUUGGCGCGCCGCAGCCAGAGCAGCGGCAACAAGAGCAGGAAGAGCAACAGCAACAGCAGCAACCCUGGAACAAGCAGAAUCAGCUUCUAGGGCCUGAGGGGCAACAGGCCGUCUCUUCUCCUGUCGAUGUGGACACCCAUCAACAAGGCCAGGGCAGAAGGCGAGACAGGGAUUCGAUGCUCCCGCCCACACCCUCGCUCGAUGGGACCGGCCCGCCGAGUCUUCCCGAAAAGGGAGGCCCACCUUCGCUGCCAUCAAAGGACCUCUCAUCGCCCCCCCUUUCCGACAAUGUCAUUCCUCCCCCGCUUCCCGUUGACGUGUCAGUGGCCAGAGAGCCAAUUGCACCAGCGGGCCAGUCACCAGUCAGCGACUUUCGCGCGCGACCCCUCGCCGACAUCACACCGGCUACGCAGGCAGAGGGCCUUGCUCAUCUCCAAAUGAUGGCAGAUCAAGCGAGGGAGGUCGAUGCGGCCGCGGGUCUUCCUCCCUCGGCAACGAUAUCGAGACAAGCGUCGCUCGGCAACAUGGUCGCCGGUGUGGCAGGCGCAGGUCCCUCUGGCGUUGCGAGUGGGGCAGCGCCUCGAGCGGCUCUGGCAGAGGCGCCACCGCCCUUGGCCUUGAACCAGUCACCGAGCAUCGAGACACCUCCCCGAGAGCCGAGCCCGCCGCCAGAGGGGGAGGUGGAAGCGCGCGCGGAGUGGGAGCGCAGCCAGAUGAAGGCCAUGGCGGCCAGGGCCAGAAGCGGACCCAAGCACAGUCCGGCUGCCUCGUCGCCGAGGAAGACGACGUUUCGCAACCAGCUGCGGCCCCUCCAGCUCGUUGAGGCAAAGCGGGAAGCCGACCAGCUCUCGCAGCCUGAGGAUGGUCAGGAUGGCGCAGCGGGCACGCCAGUGGCAACGAUGCCGUCUCCAGGGGUAGGCGAACCACAGGCACAGACGCCGGUGCAGGCACCGGUACAGGGCCAGGGGCAGGGCCAAGGGUCAGGGCAGGGACAGGGACAGGGACAGGGACAGGGACAGGGACAAGGGCAAAGGCAAGGCUCGGGGCAAGCCAUGAGCACCCAGCAGCUGCAAAAGCAGCAGCGACGCAGUCUGGGCGCCAUCAACAACCUGGCCGUGGGUGUGUCCGACUAUGGGGGUGCCUAUCCCGUCUUUACGUCGCCGUCUGCCAGCGCGUCCAAGAUUGUCGGCGGCAAGCAAUUCUCUGGUUUGACACCCCAGCUGAGCCUGGUGCCGCCUUUCGAGUUGCAGAACCGGCCCGAUGGGCUGCCGUCUGGGCUCCUGGGCCCCGAUGGCAUCAGAAGAUCGCCAAAUGAUCCCGAGGUGUGCCUCGAGUGCAUGAUGCGCGACGAAGACAUGAUCGAUGUCCACGUCCUCGGCCCUGGGCUGUGGGAGCGCGAGAGCGACCGCGACUUUGAGGAGGCCUGUCGCAUCGAGGCGGAAGAGGCCAGCAGUGUCGUCACCCACAACACGACCGUCGAGAGUGGCGAUGGGACAAAAGAGCAAUCACAGCCACAAUCGCAGUCGCAGUCGCAGCAGCACCAUCUCCCUCCUUCGUCUUCCAACCCUCGAAUCUCGAGUCUCGUCCGGAUAAGAGUCAAGCGGGUGGCCAAGGGCGACCCUCUGACAGCCGAGCGGCUAAAGCUGCACACACAGAUGAACCCGUCUGCCUCUUCCCAUCGCUGGAGAACGCUGCAGACAUUCCUGGCUAUCCAGGCAAAGUACAUUGCCCUCGACCAGCAGAAGCGAGCUGCGGCCGCAGCGGCGGCCUCGGGAGGAACGCUCAAGCCGGGCACUUCUACCUCGUCCAGCAACAGCCGGCAGCGGUCGUCUUCGGCCUCACUCUUGCGCGAGGCUGGCCUCAACAGCACCGACGAUGACGCACAGCUCACGCCAGAGGAGCGGGCGAGAAAGGAGCAGGACGUGGCCAAGGCCAGGGAGGCACGGAGAAGAAUUGCUGGGUCAUCUCCAGACUUUGCUGUCACGCCGGGUAAGGCGGGGCUAUCUCCGACGGACGAGGGCCAGCUGAGGAGAGAGGAGGAGCUGGGGAUGGAGGAAGAGAUGAGGCAGCGCUCGGCAAGCCACAACAGCAUCCCGAGGCGGUCGGGCGGCGCACCGGCCUUCCUUCGCGGCAACAGUGCCCACGAUCUCCGGGGGACGCCUGGCGCAAUGACGGCGCCCUCGACGCCAGACUUGACCGCCUUGGCUCCUCCUACACCGCCGUUCAGAGGGCGGAUGAGAGCCGUCUCUUCGCAGCUCUCGCUCGCGCCCAGCGGUGGAUCGAUCAUCGAUAUGCACGUCGGCAUGGAGAACCAGGCCGAACACCGCAUCUCGCAGGCCGGCUUUAUGCCUGGCACCCCCAUAUCGCCGCAGAGCCCCGGGGCCAUCAAUAAGGCAUACUAUGGCGACUCUUUUGAGCCCUCUUCGUCGUUUGAGGAGGAAAGAAAGCCAGCGAAGAAGAAGGGAGGCAUUCGCGGUCUUUUCAACAAGAUCUCUGGUGCCAACUUUAACGAGUCUUCCUCGAGGGACGCACCGGCAACUCCCUCCAAGCACCAGCAGCAGUCGUCGGGGCCUGCACAAGAGGGCGGCGAUACAGACGAGCUGCAGCCACCGCCGGGCAUAGCGGGCCUCUUGGGCCGAGCGAGACGAUCCACUUCGUCGCUGCUGCCCACGCCCACCAGCGCUCGGCCGUCGAUGGACAUGUUGUCGACGGCUGACCGAGGUCUCAACUUUCCCCUGGGGAUGGCGAGCCAGACGAGCCUGGAGAUGGGACCGUUUGGGUCCGGACCGCAACCGCCGCCUCGCAAGGAGUCGAGAGAUGUGCCGCAGCAGCAGCAGCAGCACAAACCUCAGCCAACUCCGCCAUUGCACCACCAACAGCAGCUGCACCAACAGCCGCUGGCUCCGCAGACAAACGGGGAUGCAAGCCGGCGGGCGAGGACCUCCUCGUACGGUGCUGCGCUCCGACUCACGCCUCGCUCCGCUUCACAGCAGGAACAGCGCGCUCAACAGGACGCCGACCAGAACAGCGUAACGUCUCGCACCUCAUCGCGCAAGGAGCCGCCACAGCUGGCGACCCACUCUCGGCAAUGGAUUUGGAGGGCCUGCCAAUGGAUCGACGAGUAA